AUGCCGUCCAUUGACGAGCCCCCAAAAACCGAAGCGAGGUUGCUCCUCGUCUCGAAUCGCCUCCCGAUCACCAUAAAACGCUCAGAGGAUGGAAAGUAUGACUUCUCCAUGUCGUCCGGUGGCCUGGUCAGUGGAUUGAGCGGUCUGUCGAAAUCGACGACUUUCCAAUGGUACGGCUGGCCCGGUCUGGAGGUCCCCGAGGAGGAAAUUCCAAUGGUGAAGGCCCGAUUGAAAGACGAAUACGGUGCCGUUCCGGUCUUCAUCGAUGAUGAUCUGGCAGAUCGGCAUUAUAAUGGAUUCUCAAAUUCCAUCCUCUGGCCUCUCUUCCACUAUCACCCUGGUGAAAUCACUUUUGAUGAGUCUGCCUGGGAGGCAUACAAAGAAGCGAAUCGGCUGUUUGCCCAGGCCGUUGCGAAGGAGGUCCAAGACGGUGACUUGAUCUGGGUUCAUGAUUAUCAUCUCAUGCUCCUCCCGGAGAUGCUUCGUGAAGAGAUUGGAGACAGCAAGCUGAAUGUGAAGAUUGGCUUCUUCCUCCACACCCCCUUUCCUAGCAGUGAGAUCUACCGGAUUCUUCCUGUUCGGAAUGAGCUCCUUCUGGGUGUACUGCACUGUGACCUGAUCGGAUUCCACACCUACGACUACACCCGACACUUCCUGAGCAGCUGCUCCCGGUUACUAGGCUUGGCUACAACCCCGAACGGCAUUGAAUUCCAAGGCAAAAUCAUCGCCUGCGGCGCAUUCCCGAUCGGAAUUGACCCGGAAAAGUUCAAGGAAGGCCUCAAAAAGGAGAAGGUGCAGAAACGCAUCGCGAUGCUGGAGCAGAAGUUCCAAGGUGUGAAAUUGAUGGUGGGCGUCGAUAGGCUGGAUUAUAUCAAGGGUGUCCCCCAGAAGCUGCAUGCACUAGAAGUUUUUCUGAGUGAUCAUCCUGAAUGGGUCGGAAAAGUCGUCCUAGUCCAAGUUGCAGUGCCGAGCAGACAGGAUGUCGAGGAAUACCAGAACCUACGGGCAGUGGUGAAUGAAUUGGUGGGCAGGAUCAACGGAAAAUUCGGCACCGUGGAAUUUAUGCCGAUUCACUUCCUGCACAAAUCGGUCAACUUUGAUGAGUUGAUCGCGCUGUACGCGGUCUCGGACGUGUGUAUCGUAUCCUCCACCCGCGACGGCAUGAACCUCGUGGCCUAUGAGUAUAUCGCGGCCCAAGAAAAGCGCCACGGCAGCCUGGUAUUAUCUGAAUUCGCCGGUGCGGCGCAGUCGCUCAACGGAAGCAUCAUCAUCAAUCCCUGGAAUACCGAGGAGCUGGCGGGCGCUUACCAAGAAGCAGUCACCAUGAGUGAUGAGCAGCGCGCUCUUAACUUCUCCAAAUUGGACAAAUACGUGUCGAAGUAUACUAGUGCCUUCUGGGGUAAUUCCUUCGUUACAGAACUCACGCGCAUCUCUGCACAGUCGGAGAAGAAAGUCCACACAAAAAAGCCCUUGGUCGUGAGCCCUAGUCUUCCUCAACAACCUCUCCAGACCGACAUACUGGGUAAUGUGCAAGCCGCGCUGUGA